AUGGACGCCUCCUUCGCGCGCUUCAAGGCGUUUGCCUCGCAGCAGUCGUCGCGGCCGCCGUCGCCGCCCAUGACGGCCCGCAGCGCCCGCAGCUCAGGGGAGUUCUCCAUCCCCACCCGGCCCAGCAGCACCAAGAUAUCGACCCCGGGCUUCUACCGCUUCCCGCCGCUGGGCUACAACGUCAAGCCGCAGCCCGACGGCGCCUACACGGAGCCCGAGUCGGACAGAAUCAACAGCGACUUCAAACGCGGCUUGGAGAAGCUCUACGACGGCCGCUUCGAGAACCACAACUGGAGCGACCUCAUCAUCCGCUGCCGCGACUACACCUUUUACGCCCACCGCGUCGUCAUAGGCCCGCAGUCCGACUUUUUCGCCAACCAGCUGCAUCCGGACUCGCCGAUUGGGGGCACCGGGGUCAUCGAACUCGACGACGACGAGCCCUGCCUCGUGGACGGCCUCCUCGGCUACUUCUACACGUCACGCGUGCAGACGGAGCGGGUGCUCGACGGGGCCGAGAUCUGCGCCGACGCGGGCCGGUCGAUGGCGUACGCCGUCGGGCUGUACAGCAUCGCCGAAAAGUACCAGGUGUCGGAGCUCAAGGAGCAGGCGUGGCGCAUGUUCAUGGACGGGGCGGUGCGCGGGCAGGGCUGGCGGCACCCCGACUUCCCGUCGGUCGUGGCGCGCGUCUUCGAGACGACGCCCGAGUCGGACAAGCGGCUGCGCUGCGUGGCGCUCGCCAUCGUCAAGACGCGGCUCAAGUACUUCACCCGCAACCCGGCCUUUGUCGAGGAGAUGGACGGCAUCGACGGCUUCUGGGCGGCGUUUGCCCAGUACUCGGCCACGUGGCCGUGGAUGGAGCUGUAUCGCUGCCAGACGUGCGGCGAGGUCAUGAUGAACCUGCCGUGGGAGGAGGACACGAGCGCGCCGGCGUGCUGGGGCUGCCAUGCUGUUGAUGAUCAUAGGACGUGGCGCGCCAACAUGGUCAAGUACGAUCCCAACGAGGAGGAGGAGAAGGAGGAGGCCGAACGUGCGGCGAAGAGGCAGAGGAUGGAUUGA